AUGAAAGCAUCAUCAACUCCUGUUCAUAUGCGCAGUACGGUUCUAGAGUGGAAGUCAGCCAUUUUACCUCCAGUGACAUUGUGGUUUACAACAACAGAAGGAGAUUGGUGUUUUGAUCAAUAUCUUGAACUUCAUUACACUCCAGAAACACUUCGUGAACAGGGACAUCUUAUACUAUGGAAGAAACAACAUCAACAUCAACAUCAAGAAGAACGUCAUCGUGAUGAACCAUUUAUAAUACCAGAAGAUACAGAUAAUGAAAUAUCUUCAAAAGUUACUUUCCGCUUAAGUGAUCUUCAAGCUGUACAGAGACAUGUGUUUGCUGCGCCUGUUUAUGUAGCUUAUAAUGAUAAAUUAACAGGUGAAAAGAAUGAUUUGGGAAAGAAAAAUAAUCCUCCUUCUCAUUCUUCUCGUUAUAAAUUAAGUGGAGCAGUUGGACUUGUACUCUCAUGGCAAUAUGGAUCUAAGCUAUUUUUUGUUUUUCACAAUGAACUCGAAACUGAUAAGUGGGAGAAAGCAUUACAAUUAGUACUGAUGAAAUUAAAGAAAGAUAAUGAGAAGAUAACAUCUUCACCCAUGAUGGAACAGUUAGAUGCUUCAUUAGAUCCACCUUGUCAAGGUCAACUUUUAAUGCGAAGAUCAGAUGCUCGAUUUCAACAUUAUUAUGUAAUACCUAGUAAAUAUAUGAAGGGAUCUUUACAUCAAUCUUCAUUUCUUCCAAAUCAAAUGAUUUACUUAUCUCGACAUCGAAGUAAAUGGGUACUUCAGGUUCAGAAAUCACUUGGUCUUGGUAUUCCUCAACGUAUUGAUCUUCAAUACACUACAAUACGAGAAGACCAAUCUGAUGAUUAUUUAAUGUUUUUAGAUGUAGAACCUUAUAUCCCAAAUUGGCGUUCUGCUUGUAAUAAUUCUUCAAAUAGAGAAAAAGAUUCAUUAACAGAUAGGAGAAGUAUUCAUGCAAAACGGUAUGAAUGUAUGGUUUCAUCCAUUCAAGAAAAACGAGAAUGGCAAAAAUGGUUUAGGAGUCAUGGAGCCGUUGUAAUUUUUGCCUCUGAUGUUUCCAGAGAUGCUUCCCCAGUUGUGCAGGAUGAUGAUCUUCUUAUCCCUUCAUCUCAACAACAACAACAACCAAAGUCAAUUCUAAAGAAACCUGUGGUAUCCAGUGCAUGGUCAGUGUUGUCUGGAUUAGUCCCUGCACGAAAUACAGUUAAUAAUAAUAAUAAUAAUAAUAAUAGUCGUAAUAAUAAUCGUAAUAAGAAUAAUGAUUAUAUUAUUCCAAAUGAUAUUCAUUGGUGUAAUUCUUCUACAAUGGUUUUACCACUACAUGAGGAAACUAAUAGGCCAAGUUCCUCUUCUAAACCAACAGAGAAUGAUUUCUCUGAGACUACAGAGGCUAGUGGAAAGGGAGAUGAUUUUUCCACUUCUAUAGUAUCUACAGCUAUUCAUAAUGAUGAAAAUGGAAUAGAUAAAGAGAAAUUGAUUAUUCUAGAAGAUACCCCAAAUGAAAAAAAAACAAGAUGUUGA